GUGUUCUCAAUACUAAAAAAAUAAAGUUAAAAUGUUGAAAAUUUCUUUAGUAACAUUUAUUUUAAGCGUUUUGGUUUGCAAAAGUUUGUGUUAUGAAUUCAACGAUCCCGAAUUCAACAAAAUUUUAUUGGAUGACUUAAUUGAAUAUGAGGCAUUGGCGGAUGACGAAUUGCCAUUGCAAGAUAUUGCAGACAGAGUAAGACGUGAUGUUAGCGAAGUUGCAAUGAUAAAAGAGAAGGAGAAGGAGAGCAAUUCAAAUGCAAAGGAAGAAAAAUGUAAAAAACCACAUUUUGGUCGACACAAUCGUUGUUGUAAUGAUGGAUUCGAGAAAUCAGAAGAGAUGAAGGCACUGAAAAAAGAAUGUUUUGGCGAAAUGAAGAAACAUCGGAAGUCACGCAAAGAAGGAGACGUCGCCGAUAAUAUGAAGGACGACAGUACUUUGGAUGUAUUUUCAUGCGAAAAAGUAGAAAAGAACAAAAAUAAUGUCGUUUGUGCGAUGGAAUGUGUUGCUAAGAAGCAAGGAACAUUAACGGACGAAGGCAUUCCCGACGUUGAUAAACUCAAAGAAAUCAUGAAGAAACAAUAUAAAGAAGAUGCAUGGCAGUUGAAGCAUAUUGAUGAUUUUGUCGAUUCGUGUUUGGCUGAAGUCGCAGCUAAAAUGGUGAUGCAAAAAAUGAAUGCAACAACUACAAUGACGAAUGAACAAUCAAAAUGCAAUGCAGGACCUUCAAUUAUGGCACAUUGCUUAUGGCGAAAAAUUGUUUUGAACUGCCCUGAAGAGUUACAAGACAAAUCUCAACAAUGUCAAAACAUGCGCGAAAAGGAACAAAAGAAGCAAAAUUAA